AUGCUUCCGGCACUGGCGGCCUUCCCCGCGGCCUUCUUCUACGAAGGCCGGCUCCAGACGGGCGUCCGCGGCUGCGAACGCAGGGUCGGCACGUCCUACGAGAAUCCUGGUGAGGCGGAGGUUGUGGCCGGACAUGUAGAUGAACUUCUCCGAACCGAAAGUGUUGAGUCCUUGGCCGUCAUCGCGCCCUAUGCAGCCCAGCGCAACCUCCUGGAGAGGCGCCUCGCUGAGCUUGGGGUGCAGCAUCCCAAGUUGCAGGUUGCCACGGUAGACGCCCUCCAAGGCGACGAGCGUGACGUCGUCAUCUUCUCCGCGACGCGCAGCAACGACGUGGGAGUCCUGGGGUUCCUCAGCGACCCUCGACGUGCGAAUGUCCUACUGACCCGGGCCCGCCGGGGCCUUUGCGUGGUGGGUGACGCCAGGACGCUCCGCUGUGACCCGACUUGGGGCGCCUGGCUGGCCGCCCUCCCCGAGUCCUCAACGAGAGGAGCCGUGAAGGCCAGGAGCCGUGAAGGCCAGGAAGGCCUGAAAGAGGCCUUCGGUGAAAGCUCCGGACCGUGGUUCCCAGCUCAGAUGUGCAUCGGGAACCUGGAUGAGGCGAUCGCUGACUGCGACCAGGUCAUGAUCCGCGAGCGCGCCUGCAACCUGGAGGUGCAAGAGCAGCAGGUAUGUGACACAGACAACGGUGUUCGUUCAGAUUCCAUUGCAACAGCUAUAGUGCUUGCCGGUUGCCACGUGGAGACAUAUCAGGCGCCAUGCUUGUCCGAGCAGCACCACAGCGCAGCCACGGGCUCGGACUCUCUAAGGAAGGUGGCGCCACUGACUUUGACAUUAGUGGGUGUUUUGGGUCCUGGGUAUCUCCAGCAUCGCACAGUGGAGCACGACCAAGUGCAAGUUCGAUUGAAGUCGCUGGAGCAGGCGCUUUUCAAAAUGAGGCACCGCAACUUCCGAAACGCAACGCCCAAAACGACUACCGAUGAAUACUCCGAGAUCAAGGACGUUCAAGCGCUGAAGCGGCACCUGCAAGGCUUGUGCGGACUACCGAGGUUCAGGCAACGAGUUUUGCACCAGGGAACCGAGCUCAAGGAUGAUGCCAAGCUCGAGUCUUUCACUGAAGUGCAGCUUGUUGCAUUGAACUGUUUCAGCCCCUCCGAGCAGGAAACGCUGGACUUCGCCAACGCCAUACGACUGUCGCAAGUAAGCGAGGUGGAGCGCUACUUGCAGCUUCCCCUCGACCCAGAUCAUCAGACAAGGCCAGGUGAGCAGACUCCACUCUCAUUGGCAGCCGGCCUGUGGGGAAACGUGGAGGUCACUUCCCUUCUCUUGGAGGCCCGGGCCAAUGUGAACAUUCCUGACGAGGACGGUGCAACGGCGCUGAUAUGGGCAUGUGAGGAUGGCUUCUUGGAUACGGCGCGUUUGCUCUUGGAAGCUCGGGCAGACGUGAGGGCAACAGACGUUGAUGGCUGCCAGCCCCUCGGACAAGCGGCGGGCCAAGGGCACCUAGAGGUCGUGAGGCUCUUGCUGACUGCCCGAGCCGAGAUCAAUUGCGUGCCGGAAGCAGAGGAGGCGUGUCCGGGGGCAGCUUUGCAUCAUGCAUGUUCUGAGGGCCACGUUGAAAUCGCACAGUUCCUUCUACAAGCCCGGGCAGCAGCCAGCCUGCCUGAUGUUGUCGGCCAAACGCCUCUUCACGAUGCUGCGAAGUCUGGGGAUGAGGAGAUGGUGGGUGUGUUGCUUUCGGCCGCUGCGAGCGUGGAUGUCGCCGACGAACUCGGCGACACCGCGUUGAUCGUGGCUUCGGCCAGUGGCUUCUCCAGGACGGUACAUCUCCUGCUGGAGGCGCGGGCUGACAGGAACCUUGCUGAUUGGGUGGGCGCCACGGCCCUUCACUUCGCAACUGCCGAAGGGUACCAGGAGGUCGUCAGCUUGUUGUUGCUCGGUGGCGAGAACCCGAUUCCUGACAGCUAUGGCACAACGGCUCUGCACUGGGCUGCUCACUACGGCCACACAGAAGUUGCAAAGUUGCUGCUGCACGCAGGAAUGGACCUGCAUGCUGUUGAUAAUGAGGGCAAGACUGCGUUUCUAGAGGCAGCUUGCUCCGGCUACUCCAGGACCGUUCGACUGCUUUUUGAGGCAAAGUCCGACCAAGACGCCGCAGACAAUCUGGGCAGGACAGCUCUCCAUUGGGCAUCCAUGCUUGGCGAUCAGGAGACUCUCUGCAUGCUGUUACGAGCACGGGCCAACGUCAAUGUCGUUGAUAAGCAGAGCACGACAGCUCUCCACCUUGCAUGUUUCAAGGGCCACAUGCAAGUUGCGCAGUAUCUGCUGCUUGCACGGGCGGACAAAGACCAGGCCGACAACGCUGGAUCGACAAGUCUGAUUAUGUCGUCUCGGCAAGGCUAUUUCAACACGACGCGGUUGCUCUUAGCCGCUGGGGCUCAGCGCGAUUUAACCGACAAGGAAGGCGGCUCCGCGCUUCAGUGGGCCGCCUAUCGCGGCCAUGAAGGCAUCGCCUGUCUACUCUUAGAGGCGCUGGCCAACCCUUGCUUGCCAGAUGGUGGUGGCAGACAGGCUCUCCAUUAUGCAGCUGAUCGAAGGCAUCGCAGGGUAGCGAUCCAGCUACUUCAGGCGGGUGCAGGCCGGGACCUCACGGACGAGGGCGCCGUUGAGAUCGCUGAGAUGCUCCUGGAGUCUGGUGCCGAGCUGGACUUGGCCAGGAUUCUGGGGAUCCCUGGCGCUGAGCCCGGCUGA